CUUCGAAUAUUCUUCUCUUUACCGUUAUAUCUCCCCCCCUCCUCCACAUCCUCGUAUUCUCCCACACUCUCCCUCACCCUCUCCCAUUUUCUCAGCAACCAAGCACCCCCUCUCAAAAUGAAAUUCGGAAAAAGCUUGAGCAACCAGAUUGAAGAAACAUUACCUGAAUGGAGAGACAAGUUUCUCUCUUACAAAGAACUCAAGAAAAGAUUGAAACUCAUCGAGCCAAACAACAACAACAGCACAACCAAGAACAAUGGAGACCCCCGGCCGCUGAAAAAGCCAAGAUUCGCUGCCGCAGAAGGCGGUAGAGGAGAUUGCAAUGAAGGAAGCAUGACAAAAGAAGAGAUUGAUUUUAUUAAGCUGUUAGAUGAUGAGCUUGAGAAAUUCAACAGCUUUUUUGUUGAGAAAGAAGAAGAGUACAUCAUCAGAUUAAAGGAGUUGCAAGAUAGUGUGGCAAAGGCAAUCAAUUCCAAUGAAGAGAUGAUAAAAAUUAGGAAGGAGAUUGUAGAUUUCCACGGAGAGAUGGUUUUGCUGGAGAAUUAUAGUGCUCUGAACUAUACUGGAUUGGUAAAAAUACUGAAGAAAUAUGAUAAAAGAACUGGUGCUCUCAUUCGCUUGCCCUUCAUCCAGAGGGUGUUGCAACAGCCUUUUUUCACCACCGAUCUGCUCUACAAGCUCGUUAAAGAGUGCGAGGCAAUGCUCGACGGCCUCCUUCCAUUGAGCGAUGGGGAUGAUGACUUGUGUGGCGAUCCUUCGACCUCGUCAACCACCACAAAUGAUGGCCUACUCAGAUUCCCAAGGGAACUUGCAGAGAUUGAACUUAUGGAGAGUUCAUCUAUGAAGAGCACCAUAUCUGCACUGCGGGUUCUAAAGGAAAUUCGAAGCAAGAGCUCCACUGUUAGUGUUUUCUCAUUGCCACCACUUCAGAUAAGCGGAUUGGAGGAUGCUUGGAAAAAGGUUCCUAUACUUGAACAAGAAGCCAAGUAGCAGGAUUCUGGGGGAUUGUAGGCUUGCCCCACUCUAUUCUGCAAAAUUUCCUUCUAAAAGAAAAUCUCUUUCAAGUGACCUUUCAUGCAUGGAUUAUGCAUAUCUACGAUACUAACACAUAUUAAGAUGUUAAUUAAUUAAUGAAUCUUCUAAGCACAAGUAUGUACAGCCGAAACCUUUGCCCCUCUCAUAUUUCUGUUCACCGUCUUCUGA